AUGCUGAUGACAGUAUACUGCGUCGAUUCUGGGAGAUGGAUGCAAUUGGCAUCGAGAAUCACUGGAAAAGAAUACAACACCGUCUGUAUUAGCUUGUGGAGAAAUUUUAAAACUCUCUUUCUUCCAACGGUGAUCAUCAUGUUGUACGAAUUUCAGGGAAGGAGAGAAUCUUGUUGUGAAAUAAUCGCUGUCAAGAGGGAAAGACUCUGUCCUUCCCUCAUCAUGUGGUAUUUCGUGAUGGAAAAGUCUCGACAAACUAUCGCAUCGUCUUCGUUUGUGGUUUGGCUAUGA